AAAAUAUCUCCAUACCAAACACACCGUUGUAGCUCUCGAUUUGGUCAACUAAUAAGUGAACCUCGCUUUCUUUUUCUUUUUCCGAUUUUCUUUCUUCCUUUCGUUGUUAAUCUAGACAUGGGCUUUUGUCUUUAGUUAAUGCACAUGCCAGCGGAGGGUGAUGCUGCGAGAAGAAUUACUUAUUUUAUGAGCAGCCAGCAAGUAGAAUCAUGAACUGAACUGAACCAAGAGUUGACCACGAUGUCGGAACUAGUGCUCCGGUUAGCCGUGGAAAGGCUUCAGAGUUUAGUGUUGGCAGAUCAAGAAACUGCACCAUUGAAUCGAUCAGCUAGCGGACAUUUAUAUGCCAUACUAGGAGAGCUAAAGCGGAUGCAAGUUUGGUUGAAAGGGAAGACACAACACAAAGACAGUGUAAGGAAAAUUGAAGAGCUUGAUUAUCAAAUUGAGGAUGUUAUUGAAACUUAUCGUGUUUUGGGAAGAUCAAGAAGAAGCUUAUCAAACAGAGAGAUAUUUAACGGUAUCAAAAUUAUAUGUAUGAGAUACGCUUUGAUUCCUUUCGCUCUCCGGAAGAUCAAAUCUGAUAUUGCGAGCAUCAUCAAGGAAAUCGAAGAAGCAGUUCCUGUAGCAGAUAGCUUCGAAAAUCAAGGUCCGACGAGAAGCUCUCGUGCUGUGUACAGCAGUCUAUUUGGGCUUAAAGAAGACCAAAAGCGAGUGCGUCAAGUUAUAUUAUCUGGAACAGGGUCCAACAUCCCUGAGUCAUCCUCCCAAAUUGGGGUCCCCGUCAUCCCAAUAUGUGGAGCUGUUGGCUCGGGCAAGACUACUCUUGCUAAAAGAAUACUAUACGAGGACCCAAUCGUUACUAAGGAGUUUAACACUCGCAUCUGGGUUAAUGUUUCCGAAAAGUUUGAAAUCAGAGACAUACUUAGACAAGUACUUGUUUCUUGUCAUGGGUGGAUGAAGCACAUGUUUUACAGCUCCGAAGAACAACUGCUUGAACGAAUAGAGGAAAGACUUAAAUCUCAGAGGACCCUAAUUGUCCUGGAUGAUAUACGGUCAAUAGAAGCUUGGGAAACCGUGUGUAAAACAUUUCCAAAAUUAGACAAACGUAGCAUUGUACUGGUAACCACCCGGGUAGGAUAUGUAGCGGAAUACAUAUGUAGAAACGAGUUUGUGCAUACAAUGACGCCCUUGAACGAGGAGGCUUUGUUUAGGGAGGCUCUCCCUCCCCGGGCGGAUACAGUUUAUAAUGAGUUACCAGACCACUUGAAACCAUGCUUUGUGUACUUGGGUCAUUUCCUGGAAGAUCAAGAGAUAGAUCCCGAGAAGCUGUCCCAUUUGUGGAUGAUUGAAGGCUUAUUAUCAACUGGAGAAAGCGCUAGAGGGGAGAGCACGAUGGAAAUGACAGAGCGAUAUCUCAGAGAAUUGACACUUAAGGGCAUAGUAAAGGUGCAAGCAGAGGAAGUUCCCACUACUAAGAAAUUCAAAGCUUGCUGCAUUGUUCAAGGAAUAGAAAACUUCUGUGUUUCAAAUUGUGAACAAAAACGUUUUCUCAAAAUCAUAGAUUUAAGAGAAAAGGACUAUUCGCUCUCAUCAAUUGAUGAGCCACGUCGACUUGUGAUAUAUCUGGGCAAUCAUAGAGUUGAUAUUGAGCCUAAAGUUGCUAAAAUUAUUCGGAGUCUUCGAGUGGUUCUUGGAAACAUGCAGCAAAUAGAAAAUGAAUUUAUCUGGCCGAAUGAAAUGCUUAACCUCGAGGAGUUCAGAGUACUCAGAAUUCUUGAUUUCAAUGGGAUUGAUUUUCGAGGCCAGAAACUACCAACAGGUAUAUUUAAUCUUGAACUCUUGAGGUAUCUGAGCUUCAAAGGAUGUGUCCUAGAGGAGUUGCCAUCUUCUAUUAGCAAGUUGUCCUACAUGCAAGUUCUUGAUUUGAGAGUGAAAGAAUUAAUUGAAAUAAAAAUUCCAAACGUCCUAGGGAACAUGAGGAGGCUGAACCAUUUAUAUCUUCCACUAAAGUUUGUAACUCAAAAUGGUAAAAAACUGGGACUCAAUAGCUUGACUGAACUUGCAACACUCGAAAACUUCAAUACGAGGUUGUGCAAAGCUGACGAUAUCUUUAAGCUUCUUAAACUCCGGUAUUUGGGAGCAAAGGUGGAAGGAGAUUUUGACGAUUUGGUGUCAAUCACCAAUUACAUGAAAACAACAUUAAGCAACUUUCUGCAUUCCACCGUUGAUGUCAUUGAUUUUGAUUGCUACGCGGAGGAAAGGCAUUCAGUUCUUAGAGAAUUGUUUCAGUGUCAAGCUGCUCGCAUCUUGCGUUUUAAGGGACAUAUUGGCCGCCUACCAUCAUCUGAUGAAAUCUCGCCAAGUUUUACUCAGUUAGUUCUCAAUAAAUCUCAUCUCAAUGAAAGUUCCAUGCCAACCUUGGAAAAGCUUCCUAAUUUAGGGGUGCUUGUCCUGUCUGAUGAUGCUUAUAUUGCGAAGAAAAUCAUCUUCUCUGAUUCAGGUUUCCCUAAGCUCAAACGUUUAGAACUCUUGAAUUUGUGCUUCCUGGAGAUAUUUGAGGUGAAAAAUACGGCCAUGCCUAUACUUUGCAGCUUAGAAAUCAGGAACUGUGAGAAACUUGAAAGCCUCCCUGAUUGUCUGGAUAUCCGUGCUUCCAACCAUUUCUUGAGUAUCAUUUGGCCUGAAAAGGGAAGGCAGUGAAACUCCCUUAAUAGUGAGGUAUCCAUGAAACGAUGCUUUCUAAUACACUUUUAUCUUUUGGCAUUGAAAGUGAGACUUGUUAUUAUGCUUCUCUUUUCAGCUACACUGGUUAAUUCAACGUUUUCAAUAUGAUUGUUGCUUGAGAUAGUAAGAUUUUCCAGGAUCACUUUAUCGA